AUGUCGGAAAGCGAACCGACAAUAGUGGAAGAGAAUCAAACUAUAUCAGUAUCCAUCCAAGCUAUUGUUGAUGAAGAAAAAGGAGAUGGAGCUGAUAUGCUGGAUUUAAUUCAAAAUGAAUUGAAUUCCCGUAAAAAAUUGAAAUAUAGAAUGGAAAUACCUGAAAAUCCCCAAUUCCAAUUCUCAAGGAAAGAUAUAGCAAAUUAA